AUGGGCCCAGACCUUAUUCCUCCUACGGCCGAUUCUCGAUCUAGCAUGGAUGACUUGAAGAAGAAAGAAGAUCAAAGUGCAAAUAGUCCAGAGAAGACGACAUCAAACAAUCAGAUGCUGACAACUCCAACACCACCAAUAAAUCAGAUGCUCAUGACCCCACCUCCGCCUGAAACUGGCAAUAAGAGCAAAGAAUCCAAACUGAGUCUUGCACCAGGUUCUGUGACGACGUCCACAAAUCAGCGUGAACUGAAACCGCCACGGCGAAAUGUCAAUGAUGAUACUACUGUCCAAGCUUAUUCUUCCGAAAGAAGAACUCAUCCAUUGCCAUCUGGCACUACCAGAGCAUCACGACAGAAAAAGACAAAAGAUCAACAACGAGCUUGUUCGGGUGAAAGGAAUGGCGAUAAUAGGAAUACCGCUGAUUCAAACGAAGACGAGGAAAUUAUCGGACCAGGAGCAGUUGCCGUGCAGUUGAGAAGCAGCAACGACAAUAAUACAAUAUCUCCCGACAUUGAGAAUCCAAAUUCACAAAUAUUGCCUUCCGCCAGUUUGUUAGAGGCUGAAGUGGCUCCCGAUAUGGACGCGGCGAUUCAAAGGGCUGUCCAAGAUGCCUUGCGACAACGUGACGAACAAAUGGUCGCUGCCGCCGUGAUGGAAGCAGGAACGGCGCCACCAGCACCAGCACCACCAGAGACCAACAAUGAAGAAAGCAUUCAAGAUGACUCUGAAGGACCAAAUAAGAGCAGCAGUGACAACAAUGAGGAGCAAGGCUUCAACAAAAAGAUUAUGUAUGCUGGCGUUGGACUUGUCGCAUUAAUUAUUGUGAUUGUGUUGGGGGUGACUCUGUCUGGAGGAGGGGAUGAUGCGAGUCCUACUGCGGCAUCUGCUGAGGCUGGGGAUGAUCCGCAUAUAGAACCACCAACGCUGGCUCCGGUGUUGGAACAAGCACCAUCCACUUCCCCGUCGCAAGGGGAUAUGGUGGCGACACCAACAUUUUUACCCGACGGCCUAUCUGGAGAUUGUGUCAAAGCGAUUCCAAUGUUUUCUUCGGGCUACCAAGCCUUCGUGACGAACGGUGCUGUCACAGCUACUUAUGCCAAUGAAGCGUGCAAUGUAGAUGUUGUGGAUCGAGGGAUUUGGUUCCUUUUGGAUGUCUCGAACGAAGAAGAUCCCUUCACUGCACUCUUUACCGUUUCCAACCAGACCUUUGCUGCCAAAAUGUCCGUUUAUAUCGGAUCUUCUUGCGAGAACUUGCAGUGUGUUGGUCAGACUUUCUCAACCAGCGAGGCACCUCGAUCUUAUGAAUUGGCGGUGGAGAGUGGGGAUACCUAUUUUGUGUUCGUAGCCGGAAAUGGCUUGGAGCAGACUGGUACCUUUCUGUUUGAAUUUCAAUCAAGUGUUUCUGAUGGAUCUUUUCCACCAGCAAGGGCACCGACCACGACACCAGCCCAACCAUUGCAGCCAACUGAAAAUCCUACACCACCACCAACUCCUAUCCCAACAAAUCCGCCGCCAACACUACAGCCGACUCCACCACCAACACUUCCUACGAGUCCUUCAGAGGAUUGUAGAGGUGCAUCGAUCAUUACGCCUGGAUUCUUGAAAGCUAUUUCCACCUUAUCUGGUAUGGACAGAUUUAUAGACUUACAAUGCAAUGUUCGAGACGGCGACCGGGGAGUCUGGUUCAAAUUCGUACCAACAUACGAAGCUACGGUCACAGUGACAGCAUCGGAACAAAAUUUCAGCGCCAAGCUGGCUUACUUUACAGGACCUUGCUUCUUCCCAGUAUGUGGAGAUGUGACUACGUCGACAUCUGUCUCAGACCGUAUCUUGAGAUUCUAUGCAGAAACCGGAAAGGAAUAUUAUUUGUUCGUGGGGGGGAACGGAAUCGGUCAAGAAGGAAGCCUGCAACUAACGCUUGACGCACCAGAGCCUCCUGCUUUCUCCUAUUGUGAUGGUGCUGUUGAUGUGAGCAAUAGCUUUCCUUUCGCACAGAGUGAUUCUUCCUUUUUCACAGUCCCAACUAUGUCUAAUGAUGAAUGUAGGAUUGAUUCGGAUGAUCGUGGGACUUGGUACAAGUAUGUCCCAACAGAGGAUGCCAUCAUCACGAUGAUUGUUUCUAUUCAAGACAAAAGCACUAGGAUUGCUUACUUCACUGGAUUAUCCUGCGAAAAUCUGACAUGUGGCGACUUCACUUCAGCGAGCGUUACACCAAGAGCAUUGGUCUUUCACGGAAAGCCAGGGAAAACAUAUUACAUGUUGGUAGCGUCGAAUAGGCUUCAGAAUGUUGGCAAUUACCGAAUCCAAAUUGUCGAGAGUUUACCACCAGAAAACUCGUACUUCACGGGGGCCACGGAAGUUACCAGUGGCUACAAUAACCCGACUAUUAUCGAGGAUACCACCCAAUUUGCUGUUCCUUCUUUCUCUUCAGACGAUUGUUUGGUGCAAGAGACAGAUCGCGGGCUGUGGUAUAAAUACACUGCAACCGUUGAUUCCAUCACGACCGUUACUUUGUCUGCAUCAUUCGGCAAGAGACUGUCGAUGUACGUAGGCAGAUAUGCGGCCGAUGUCUUGAUUUCACUUGAGUGUCUGGGACAAAGUGGAAUCAGCGUGGGGUCCGAUCGAGUGAUGGAGUUCAGUACCUCGCCGGGCAGAGAACUAUUUUUUCUUGUUUCAGGAUCUUCUUUUGAGGAAGUUGGCACUUUCAAUCUCCGCUUUACUUCAUCAGAGCCACCAGCGAAUACAUAG